AUGUCUCUGAAAGGUUUGCUCAAGAGAAUUGCUGUUUUCGGCGCUCAAGUAAGUUGUCUUUGUUCAAUCUAUUGUGUUUAGAUUUCUUUGGCGUUCCGGAACAAGCAGCUUGUCUCCGUUAAACAGGUACAGGUGGCCUUAAAGUUGGCAGAACGGCGAGUAUUACCUCGAGUUGUUCAUGGAAAUCGAGUUUUGAGGCUGGUGGGUUAAUGAAUGGUUAUUUUUCUUAAAUUUGUGAAGGGUCAGAUAAGGUGUGUUUGACUUUCUUGUUUUUAGUUUCAACGAACGUUUGUUCCUCGGAAUUUGAUCCGGCCGUUUGCUACUCUACACUAUAGGAAUGUACAUAGGUUAUACAAUCGGAGAGAGUUCAGAUUGUUGAGGAACACUACCACAUUUUCUCCGUUAGAACGAAUUAGGGUAGGUUGAUUUGUUAAAUGUAUAUAUGAAUGAUUUAAAUGAGUUCUGUUAAGUUUUUUUAAAAUUCUUUACUGAAGUUUAGGUAUUAAUUUUAGUUUUUAGAAUAUUUUUAUAUCAAAUCCUCGCUACAAUGAAAGCAUUUUGGAAGAACGAUACCCGUCUUCUCUUGAUGGCUAUGAAAUAGGUAAGUAAAUCAACUUUGAUAUUUUUAUUGUUUAGGUGAUUAUAUUGCUCAUGGUUGUAAUGCAGCUGUUUACGCUUUACGGGUCGAUGAUCAAAGUCAGCAGGCAGGUGUAAGUCUCUUUACAUCUUAUCUUUUCAUUUAUUAUAAUAUAGGCCAAUUGUAAAACCGUAAUUUUUGAAAUAAUAAAUUGUCUAAUCUGAAAAUGUUGAUUUGUUUUUUAUUGUUAGGACUACCCUCUGGCAUUGAAGAUCAUGUUCAACUACGACUAUUCUCUACCAGAACGUUACAUUUGGGAGGGCAUGGGCGCAGAGCUGGUUCCUCUAAAACAAUGUCCACAGCAGGCUCUAGUGGGACAAAUGAGAGGGUAAUUUAUAUGUUUAAGACCUUAAUUUGGAUAACAUUUAAAAAAUGAGUAGGUUUUUAUAGUUUGUGAUGUUUCAGCUUCAAGUCAUUAAAACGGCAACAUCCUAACAUUAUAAAGAUGCACACGGCCUUUGUUGACCUGAUGCCACAACUCAAGGAAACGGCCGAACUGUUUGAGGAAGCUGCCCCAAGUCUUGACAAUUUCGGACUUAUUCACAAACCUAAAACAUUGUUUGUUGUAAUGAAAAGGUGAACAUUACAAGCUUUUCACUUCUUUUCUCACCUAUGAUAACAUAAUUCUUGUUUAAUGUUUUAAAAUUUUAAUUUUUAUUAUUAGUUUUAUUGGAAAAAUUAUUUUUAGGUACCGUACGACGUUGCGAGAAUAUACUCUACGGCAUAACAUGACACAAAGAGCUGGUCAGGUAUUGUUUGGUCAGUUAUUAGAGGCAUUGGCGUAUCUAGGUGAUAAUGGCAUUACUCACAGAGAUAUGAAAAGCGACAACAUUCUACUCAAUUACGACUGCGAUGGUAUGUUUUACAUUAAAUAUUGUAAUUGAUUUAAUUAAGAGGCGGCUUAUUGUUAGUUGUCUGAUUACGUUGCUUACAUUUUAAAUAUUUUUCAAUUAAAUAUUUUACAUUAUUGUUUAUGAUAUACAGUAUUUUAGAGGAAAUACCACAUCUAGUAUUGAGUGACUUUGGCUCAGCUUUAGUUAAUGGAUUCAAGUUGACAUACGUUGAUGAGUUUACUGAUAUGGGAGGCAAUCUGGCAUUGAGAGCACCAGAAAUCAGUAGGAAGACGUUAUCGACUGGUCAGGUUUUGGAUUACAGUAAGGCAGACUUAUGGUCAGCUGGAGCUAUUGGAUACGAAAUGUUUGGACAGUAAGUUUAAGUUAUUUUGUAUUUUUGGAUAUUUUAUAAUUACAACAUUACGUGUCAACUUUGGAGUUUUUGCGUUUUAAUCGAUUUACUGACUUCAGACAGAAUCCGUUUUACUCACGAUAUUCAAGCAAGACGUACAGGGAAAGCGAGCUGCCAGGGAUGUCUGGUAUCACGCCCAGCAUUAUUAAAAAGUUGGUCAGAGAAGUCUUAAGUAUCAAUCCAUUAGACAGACCUGACAUUAAAGUGGCUUCUAAUGUAGUAGUGCUAUCUCUAUUUAGUCUGUGGAAAGAAGUGUCUAAUGGUGGACAAAGUUUGAUCAACGAGUUCAAACAAGCUGUGGAUAAGGUAAGAUUAUUUCGAGAUUUUUUCUGUUGCGGGUAUGUAAUAUUACUUUUAGGCUGUGUUUGUUGCUUUGUUUUUAAUUUUUAUGAGGUUGUGACGUUUUCACGCUGAACUUGGCAGAACAUCAAAACGAAAAGUCAAUUUUAACACAAAAACCACUUUUUGAUGCAUUAAGGGCAGCCACGACAAUUGAUAAGGUUCCAUGUAAUAACAUAAAUAAACGUAUUAACAACUGACCAGCUCCCUUUCAGCACAACAUCGUAAACAAGAUUCUGUCGCUGUUCGCGGCCGAGACCUUCACCGCCCGCUCAGCCAACAACCACUGCCACAGCUCCGAACUUCAACUCAGGGCCACCUUCUUCUCUCGCGUCAUCUACGACCAAAUACAUCAGAGUCUGACCUAUUUUGAAAAUAAUCAGCACUGA